CGACAAACCGCGCAGGUAAUCCGAUCCCGGGGCCAACUUGGAUAUAUGAACCCUACGGACGGAUUGUCUCUCUGCAAUUUACCUUUUUCUACUUCCCAUCCGGCCUACUAGAUUGAUUUCGAAGUCCUGCUCGACCCUCGCCGGAUCCGCCGAUUCUCCCGUGAUGCCCCGCUGAAGUACUGCCUUCCCUGCGCUCGCUCCCUGACCCAUAUUCCUGGUGGUCAUACAUCGCAGCAAUGCGUGGACUAUGCUGGCUGUUGCUGGUGUCCAAUAUCUACCUUGGUGCUUCCAGCAUCAUUCCGUCUGACGAACGCUGUGUCACCGCCAUUUAUACCGCAUAUGGAUAUAUCAACUUUGCUGGAAGCCCGUCUGUUGGGUUCUGGGAUACACGCUGCCUGAACCCCCUGAAAGUCACGUCAAUCUAUGCUUCAUCACAAGUGCACUGCUCCCCGUCAGAGCAGGCCGCUGGCCUUUCCCAGCUAGCUACGCUAUGUCGCGAGGUUGCCGGUUUAGAUUUGAUUCCUCGCGACCAACUCGCCGCCAACCUGACUGAAACUGCUAUCCAACGAAUGCAAGUAGUGGGUUAUGGGGAAAUACCUAGAAACCUACCCCUUGACGCUCCCGUUGUACUCUCUACGUCACAUUAUGAUCGAACUUUUCGAACAAUUGAUGCUUGGCAAUUCGAAAUGUGGUCACACUUUGCGUACGGUUUCGCUGGGUACGGUUUCUGGGCCGCAGUCCUGGCAGUCGGAACUCUACAUCGUUUCAUCCAGCAAUUCCUUCUGUCCCGACGCGCUUCCAUGGGUCGUCAACAACAUCCCUUGGUCCGUACCUUCGGCAGCCCGUUUCGAAGAAUGUACAGUUGGAUUCAUACCCAUCUUGUCGUUGCUAGCCCUCUGCCAUCCCAUGGUCGACACAUUCUUUGGUGGACGUUUCCUACGCGCGUCGAAGCCGUAGUCACCUUUACUUUCUGGGUAAUUAGUAUUGUUCUAUGUAUGGUGGGCUACCGGACCUUUUCAGGCAACAUCUAUUGGCCAGAUAUUUCUGCCCAGCUCUUGCGCUAUGCGGCGGAUCGCACGGGUAUUCUCUCGUUUGCAAAUCUUCCGUUACUCUGGCUGUUUGCCGGUCGCAACAAUAUAUUUCUCUGGGCCACCGGUUGGAGCUUCGCGACAUUCAAUAUAUUUCAUCGUCACGUAGCUUGGAUAGCCACCAUCCAGGCCCUGAUUCACACCAUAUUAUAUUUGAUCCUGUUCAUUCAAAAUGGAAACGCCUGGAAGAAACUUCAAAAGCCAUAUUUAUUCUGGGGUACCGUGGCAAUGGUGGCCAUGGCGCUCGUUCUCCCUUCGGCUGUGGAUUGGUUUCGGCGUCGAAGUUACGAGACGUUCCUCCUGCUUCAUAUUGCUUUCUCGGUGGCAACUGUCAUCGGUUGUUUUUACCAUACGACUAUUUUCGAGGGCCAUGAAUAUUGGCUCUAUCUUUGGCCCGUCAUUGGGGUCUGGGCCUUUGAUCGAUUCCUACGAUUAGUUCGCCUUAUAUACUGCAAUUUUUAUGUUCGAGUCUAUGCUGGGAGAGAGCUUCAGUAUAGCCGCAGCCUGGCAACCUACGACGAAGCUUCCGACGUGAUUCGGUUGGAGGUGAUGCCUGGGUCCACGAUCCUCCACCCAACCGCUGGGCAGUAUUACUAUCUAUACCAACCUUUUCGGCUAACUGGGUGGGAAAGUCAUCCAUUUACCCUCGGUACUUGGUCGUUUGAAACGGGUUCUCGCACAUCAUCCGUUCCAUCGGAUGCUGCGAAACGCGAUCAGACAGUAGACGUCUCUCAGAUUCCUCUACUGGCCGAUUCUUCUGGCUCUGAAUCCCAAUCUUUAGAUGAAUCCUCACAAGAAAGCAAUCAGCUAAAACUGAUCUUCUGGAUUCGGCCUUUUGACGGUUGGACACGUUCUCUUCGCCACCAAUGCAAAGCCUGCCCGGAUCGAGGCCUAGAUACAACUAUUCUCUUGGAGGGCCCCUACGGUGAAGAGUUUCCGCUGUGGAAUUACGAGUCCAUUCUCUUUGUUGCUGGAGGAACGGGAAUUGCGGCAAUAGUGCCAUACAUCCAGGACCACCUUGCCCGAUGUGCCACCGCAGAUGGUAAUGCAACGCAAAUCCAAGAUAUGCAGCUCGUUUGGACGACUCGGCAAGCGGCCUUUGUGCGACAACUUGCAACCGGUGAGUUGAAUACGGCUCUCACUCGCAGUGGCUUCCAUGCUUCUUUCUACGUUACCUCUCCCGGGGAAGGCCAUAUUGGCGUGAAUUCGCACCCUUCUAGCCAAGAUGAUGGGCUGCUGGAUAAAGACCUGGAGAUUCAUACCGGACGACCUGAUCUUCAAAAUCACAUCUUAGCUCACGCGCACGAAGCGCAACUCCGGGACUGCUCAGCGCUUGUCUUAGUAUGCGGGCCGCCCGCCAUGGCCGACGAGGCUCGAUCUGCGGUGUACAGGGCGAUGCGCCAGGGCUACCGAGGUAUUCGGUACGUCGAAGAAUCUUUCAGUUGGUAAAUAGUGGAUUACGAAUGGGCACGAUAAACGCAUUCUGGGAUAGACUUUCUUUUUCGGAGCUUGGAUCUUUUCAUCUUUACUUUCGGUUCGCAAGAAAUAGUUACUACAUAGAGACAUCCCAACAAACUCAUCAUCGC